UCAGCUCCCACUCACUCGUACACCAUCGGUAUAUAUCUCUUUUUCUAUGGCAGAAGAGAACCCACAAGACCCACCUCCGCAACCUCGACCUACAAUGACCCAAGGUAAACCAAUUCCAAAACACAUGGCGUCCACCCCUGCCACAGGAAACGCCCGCCGUACCCUCUGCUCAUGCACUACCGUCUUCCUUCUCUUGGCUGGAAUCACCGUCCUGACUAUCUGGCUCAUUUACCGUCCCUACAAGCCUCGGUUCAACGUGGUUGGGGCCGCCAUCUACGACCUCAACAUCUCCUCCCCACCUUUCGUCUCCACCUCCAUGCAGUUCACCAUCCUCACCCGAAACCCCAACAAAAGAGUCUCCAUCUUCUACGACAGGCUAACCGCCUACGUUUCCAACAGGAACCAGCAGAUAACCCUACCGGUGGACUUGCCACCGCUCUUCCAAGAAACAAAGAGCACGGUGGCGCUGUCACCGGUCUUAGGUGGCUUCCGAGUGCCAGUGUCGGCGGAGGUGGUGAACGGGCUGGGGAUGGAUGAGUCCUACGGAGUGGUGGCGUUGAAAGUAGUAUUAAUCGGAAGUUUGAGAUGGAAGGCGGGAGCAAUAAGGACGGCCAAGUAUGCGGUAUAUGUGAGAUGUAAUGUCAUGGUGGGUUUGAAGAAGGGUUUGGUAGGGCAGGCGCCCUUGCUUGACGCUCCUCCUUGUAAAGUUGACAUAUGAAAUGUCAAUUAACUACGUAGAUCAAUGUAAUUAAGGCUUUAAACUAGAAGCCUUUAAUUUCUCCCUUCUUUUGCAUGUUCUGUUUCAAUUUUGUUAACUUUUUUUUAUAUUAAUCUUUUAGUAUUAUUCAAUAUUCAGAAAUCAUAUUGACGCCUGAUUAAUUCGGAAUUAAGUUGGGUUAGACCU